AUGGUCCCGGUAGUCACGAAGAUCGCACACAAUGUAAGGUACCAACACCUAAAGGUCUUACGAAACCUGGGCGAGUUCAAAUCCAUAAGGUUUGAGCAAAGUCCGACCAGCUACCGUUCGGUCCUGCAUUCUGAAAUACCAUACAUUACGAUGACAUCCUCAAUUGCAACCGCAGGAGCAAGCUCCGCGAUAGCUUCGUUAGCCAUCAAAUCCGACUUUGCAACUGUUGCUCGCAAAAAUGGGGUCGACGAAACCAGCAUCGGAGACUACGAGUUGGUGGUCAAAGAGUAUAUUCAUCCCCCUCAAAACUCCCCUAUCAGAAUACUUGAGGUUGGGAUGGGCUGCCGUCAGACCCCCGCAAUCAAAAAUUUGUACAGAACAUGGCAAGAAUAUUUGCCCACGUCUUGUGAACUGUUUUCGAUCGAGAGCAACUCGGCUUGCACAGACUUAGGGGCAGCGCAAUUGGAGGGGAAAUUCGACAUCAUAAUCGACAGUGGCUUCCACACAUUGGAGUAUCAGAUCCAGGCCCUCAAAGCUUUUUGGAAACAUGUUUCGCCAGGUGGUGUUUACGUGUUAAUGUCAACGACACCACCAACUUCGAAGGAUUUGCAUACUCUUCUCACCAAUGUGGCUUCGACUCCACCAAAGGAAAGUAUCAGUUCUGAAUUGAAAAGUAUCCAUUGUGGAGAAAGAGUCUGUGUCCUGAUGAAGGAUUUAUCAGAGGACGAGUUUAGUUAUUUGGGGUUGGGUUGGGAAUGA